ACCCGCAAAUAACAAGCGGGUUGAGUUGAGUUUUCCAAACCCAUUGGAUACUAUCCCGAAUUUUUUUGGUGGAUAUAUCCAUGAGUUUAAGUUUGGAUUUGACAAAACUAAGCCCAACCGGUCCAUUGCCAUUCUUAGUAGGUGAGUUCAUAUAGGUAGAGGCUGAAUGCAGUCUGCAACCCUUAGUUUUUCUUUUUUUAGAUAAAGGUGAUAUAUGUUACUUUUUUGUUAUUAGGUAUCACAGAAGGGACAUGAACCUGGGACCUACAUGUUUUCAUGACUAGUAAUAUUACCACUAAACCAAUUUCUUGUUCGUGUUCUGCAACCCUUAGUUAGGAUACUUCAUCAAGAUCUGGAAAAUUCUCUUCACUGGUAGCAAGAUCUUCAUUGUUUAUUCCGUAGCAGAUGUUAUUGGACGAAGUCUAUGUCGAGAAUUAACUCGUUUUGAUUGUGAGUGAUUCAAAAUGGUAUCCUUAUACUCAUUUCCUUACAGAGCGUCUGAAGGAAACUUCUCUUCCUAGUUCCUAUUUGUCUUCCUUCGCUUAUUCGGCAUGCAUAAAUAUGAGAAGCUACUGUGCUAUUUGGUAUUGGAUUGAUUCCGACGAAGAAUUACAGUGACAUGACCCAGAAAGAGAAGCUGAAACAGAGCAGAGUCCCCUGGUUUUUACCGUUGUCAUUGUGCAUACACAUAAAUACUACAAGACAAUGAAAUGAAUUCUAAGGCCAAACCAUGUCGACGCAAAACAGAGGCUCCUCGAUGAUUUCAUCUACCAUCUCCGAGUCCUUAACACUGGCAGCAGCGGCAGUGGAAGCCGAAGCGGAAGAGGAUGAUGAAGAAGAGAUAGCUGAAGCGGCAGCUGCGGCAGAGGAGGUGGCAAAAGUGAAAGGAGGCCGAGUGGCAGCUACGAAGACUAGGUUUGGGUUUUGCGGCCGAACAAUCUGGGACAACAGAAGCACCAGUGACGCCAUAACAAAAAAGAAUCAAACUUUAGAAAGAGGGAAUGAGAGUAAGGUAGGAAACGAAGGUGGGCUCGAUUUCUUUAUGUGAUCAGAGGAUGGAUGAAUGGAAAUCAUAGCUAGCUGACUUCCCUCUUAUAACAGAUCUAACUGUGAAGAUCAGCAGGGCGCCAUUGGAUUGUCAGCGUGGCGGCGUGGUGUUGGUGGUGGAGGGCAUUCAAUUCAUUUCAAAACAGAGGGGGGGGGGGGGAGUGCUUUCUGUUGUUUCGAUGAAGAAGAAAGUGGGAAAACCGGG